GUCCAUGCAGAUCGGCCGGCCCACGCGCCCGGUUCUCUUCCCUUGAAGCCCUUGCCAGCGUGUGGAGCCUGCCCCACACCCGCCCUUGCCAAACCACGGCCUUUACCUGCGUGUUCCAGUGUUUCCCCUGCGACCCGUCCUGUGGGAACGCCUCGUGGGCCACCCCCGAGUUCACCCAACGUUCGGUGGCCCCAAUGGUGAAGAUGACCCGCUCCAAGACGUUCCAGGCCUACCUGCCCUCAUGCCACAGAACCUACAGCUGCAUCCACUGCAGGGCCCAUCUGGCCAACCACGACGAACUCAUUUCAAAGUCUUUCCAAGGAAGCCAAGGCCGGGCCUAUCUCUUCAAUUCCGUAGUUAAUGUGGGCUGUGGCCCCGCGGAAGAACGGGUUUUGUUAACGGGACUGCAUGCGGUCGCUGACAUUUACUGUGAAAACUGCAAAACCACGCUGGGGUGGAAAUAUGAACACGCGUUCGAAAGCAGUCAAAAGUAUAAAGAAGGCAAAUACAUCAUUGAAUUAGCGCACAUGAUCAAGGAUAAUGGCUGGGAUUGAACGGCGAGGGGGGAAGCAUGCCACCAAACCGUGCGAGAGAGAAUGCCAUCCCACCGAACAUUUAUCUCUGAGAAUGAGCGAGUGACUGAAAACCGCUUGGUUCCAUGCAUUUGGGGGCUUCGUCCUCGUCCUCGUCGUCUUGAGACGCUUCCUCGCUCGCCCUUUUUUUGCCAUCCUUGCCGGUGACAAGCCUCGAUUAACUUCCGUCUCUUUGCUUUUGUAUCUGUUUGUGAGUCAACUUCUGGUACCCUUCCUUUUUCUCCCUCCCUCCUUUCCUUCCUCUCUCUUUCCUUCUCUUUCUCUGUGUUCCAGCAUUGGAUUGAAAACAACAACCGCAGCAAAUGAAGGAGCAAAACCCAGUGGCUUAAAACCAUUUCACAACCGAGGUCUCAUUAGAAAACUGAAGGUUGUUUUUUGGGGAGUGGGGAAAGUAGGAUGUUUUUUAACCGGAGGGUUGGGGUGCGUAGAUGGACAAGAAAUGUGAACAGGGAUCCCUCCCUGUCCCAUUGUCCUUUUAAAAAUCAUGACUAACCAUGGCUUGAAACUCGUGGACCGUAAAAAUACAUAUAUCUAUCUAUCUAUAUAUAUACCUCAUGGCUAUGUUUUUUCCCUCUGCAUCUUGAGGCUGUCACCCCCCCCCCCCAAACUCCUUGCUAGUUGGUGUCUUACUCCGUGAUUGUUUUUAAGCGAUCGCUCUGGAUUUUUGUCUGCGCUAACCUUACCGAAAAGACAAGUUUAAAAGCUUUAGAAGGAGGUACUUGGGGGAAUCUAUGCUUUCCUGCCCUCGCCUCAGUCUCCUGUUUGGGUUCACCCAAAAUAUUGCAGUGGUGAUGGUGGUGUUUUAAUACCCCGGUUUUUCUGCGGGGGACAUACCCCACGCUAAAGAGGUUGGGCAGCAGAAACCAGCGAAGAAAAACAAACCACGGUGGCAGAAAUUGUGGAGCAAGGGAAUGCUUUUGGGGGGAAUGUCUAUGAACGCGAAAGUACGGAGGCAAUCCCUGUCUUUGCAGAGCACCCUGUUCCUGUUGAGUUUACAACCCUGCGACUGCUGCGAGGGCUAUGAUGCAUUGCGAACAGAAUGCACAAAGAAAGCCUAGAUCGGUGAGGUUUAAAUGAUUUGAGAUUUUAAACCUGGGAUGGUUUGUUUUAUAUUUUUGUUUUAUUUUUGGGGGCAUCUCAUAGCUGCAAAAGUGGGGUCUCUGGUGUUGGCGAUGGUUUUUUUUGGAAAGAAAAAGAGUCAAAAACCUUGGGGCUAUUCGCAAAGACAAGUAUUGAAAGAGCCCCCUUAGCUGGUAACUCAUUUGCACAAGAAAAUGAGUGGCUGAGCUGUAAGUAAGGAGGUCCUAGGGAUUGAGUAUUGAGUAUUGGUCAAUAUUCAGUCUUCAUCCCAUCCGCUCAUUUUCUGCUUUUCGGAUAAAAGGCUGCUGCAACUCUUAAGAGCCGAUACCUUGGAAAAGGGCAAGAAAGGAAGGCUCUUGCUGUAUUCAAGUUGAACAUUGCCUUGCAGGAAUGUAGCUCAAGCUCAUGCAUGCUAGGGGCUACCUAAGCAGAUCCCUCCCUGUUGCGUCUUCCCUUAGUUGUAGUUUCUGUCGAUUCCUAGAAAAGCCAAUAAUACAGUAGUCUCUACAAAAUUUUUGGCUGGUCUUGGUAGUGAGGAGGGAAAGAAUCUUUACAGAUAUCCCAAUGACGAAAUGAAAAGCAUUGGGAAGCCUAGAGGAGGAGGAUACCUGAGAGAUGAGAAUGGUCAUUGAGCAGGACGUAAAUACCGCAAAAAAUGCAUGUGGGUUUUUUGCACAAACAACAUGAUUUCUUGCACAGGAAAUACUGUUUUCUGUGCAACCAAAUCUCCCCAUAGAGUGGCAAACUAAGUUCAGACCAAGUUCAGCUGGCUUCCUCCCAGCAAGGAGGGAAAUGGUAACAUAAUUUGUUUUUGCCUGCAAAAAUAGUAUUAACAAAGAUUUACAGCCCCUACUUUUGUAGGUGACUUGAGUUUGGAGUUGGCACCGAAGUUGUUCCCUUUUCCCGAUGCCAGUUUGGAGGGACUCUCCGCCUGCCUUUUCAUUGCAUUAAAUUUGCUGAUCUUGACCUGGCUGAGCUUUUCCAGGAGCAAGUAUCCACUUUGCUGAUAAUGUUGGUGGAUAGCAGAGAAGGUAUGCAAAGGGAUCUUGUAACACCUUUGAAACUAAAGGUGCGAAAGACGGUGUAGCAUAAGCUUUUAUAGGCUCGGUUUACUUCCUCAGAUGCAUGGAGAAGAGGGGGCUUUGUGCUUCCGCUGAUUCUUUGAACUCUUUUAUGUUUCUUCCUAGUCCUCCGUCGUAUCCUUUGAAGGGAUGGAGGAAUCCGGAGAGCUCCGAGCAGUGUGGCUUCCCAAUUGUGGGUGUCUCAUGAGCCUUACCUGUUUGUAUUUCCCUGUGUAUUUCUAUGGUACUGCGAUUCUGCAUCCCACACCUGACCUAAAAGGCUGUUUUUAACAGAAUGUAUAUGUAUCCAUCCAAAUGAUUUCCUCCAUCUUUCUUGCUUUUUCCUCCUGCCUUCUUUCGUUCCUUUUCAUUUGCCUGCCUGCUUGUUUGUGGAAAUCUUUCAUGUAGGUUAAUCUGCUCUGCAAAUCCGUCGCAAUCUGGUGGUAAGAAAGAUAGAUAUCCCAUGUUUGUCAGGGCAGGAGGAGGAGGAGAGAACCCUUUUAAGGUUUAUCUGGUCGUUUUUUUUAAGGCCUGGUGUUUGUCUUUCUCUGCAGAGAAAAUAGUACUCAGGUUAGGAACCAAACAGCAAAAGGAUUGGAAAAAUCCCAGUUAGGUGGAAGGGUAGGAACCAAGCGAGAACAUAGCAAGCAAACAAAGGCUAGAGAGCUUGUUCGAUUGGCUUUCGUGGUGCAAGAAAAAUGCCUUAGGAUGGGAAGGAACAUGCAUAAUUUUUCGUUCCCAGGCUGAAAAGCUGCUAAGAAACUCCAUUGGGAAGAAUAAUAAUAAGAAUUUUGUGUGAUUUGUUGCUUAUAAACCACUGUUGUUUCCAUUUUCCAGAUGAGAAACUGAGGGUGACGGAUGUGGUCAAGAGCAUCUCCUUGACUUAAGCGCUGUUGUUCACAGGAUCAGUGAGGAGAAUGCAGAAAUUACUUACUAUGAUCCAUUCUAUAUGCUCCAGGCAUUUGUUUUGGCAUCCAGAUUAGUCUGCAGGUUGACUUGCAUUAACUUGCAUGCUUAUGUUAUCAAGUAACCACAAAAUCAUGGGAACUCUUUAAAAGAGUGCAAUGUCAAGCCUCAACCCUGGGAGGGAUGUGAAAUCAAGUCUCCUAGAUUUCAUUCCUAUUCCAUCCACUGAUGCUUCAACUUUCCGGGUAUCCGAUACAGCAAGCUGCAUGCAGCUGCAAUCCACUUGUUAGCUACUUGUGCAAUUUCUUUAUCAUGUAAUUCUAAAGCAGGGGAAUGGAGACGCUUUACCAGUCGACAUUGGUCUACAAGUCCCAUCGUCCCUUCCUUUGGUUGUGCUGGGGCUGAUGGGAACUGUAGUCUGGACACUGCGCAUUCCCCGGCCACGUUCUUAAUAACUCUUCCAUCAGGCAAUUGCUUUGGAUGUCGCUUCUGUCUCCUUUCUGUCUUCCCCCGUGCGCAUCAAAACCUCAAGUGCUUCUUAAACCCAUGCUAGAUCUUGCUGCUAACUCCACCUGUGACUUCCUCUUGUUCGGAUACCAAGUACGUAUCCUACGUAUCCCAGAAAGGAAGCAACCGCUAAAGAGGGUUAAAGGUGCGAUCCUCAGAGGAUUGUGUCGGAAGGCGGUAACUCGACUGGCUUUGGGGUCACGAUGUAUAAAAUGUAUAAACAAAGAAAAACAGUAUUUUUAAACCGAUGGCUUUGGAAAUAUUCUCUCUCUUUAAAAGCAUGACCAAAGAAUCUGGCUACUUUUUGUUUGGGUCCCUAGUCGACCGAAAGGUACCAUCUUGUCCUGACAAGGUGAGCCUUUUCUCUCCAAUAGGGAAUCGCAAGACAGGUGUGUUUUCUAUCUCCAAGCCUGGAAAAAAAGAGAUUAAAACAGAGCAUUGUGCAAUCCUUUUUGGUGAAAUUGCCAUCCCUAUAUGGCCCAGUGGUAACAAAAAGAUGCUCCUUAACCAUGCCUACCUUAGGGAUAUUUUCCCUCUCUCCUCCCUAUGUUUUGCUCGGUGCGUUCCCGGUCCAUAUACAAAACACGUUUCCCGCAAUAGCCUAUACCUAGGUCCCAUACAAAGCAUACGAAUGUUACGUUCUCCUGUAUCCGAUCUGUUGCAAGCUUUUAUUUAAAGGGAAAAGGGUACAAUUGGCGUGGGAAAGGUCUGGGCUAAAUCCAAAUCAGUCGGGCAAUAAAUUUAACCCCCGACGUUUGGAUUGCUGUAGUUUUGCAACCCUGUGCUUUUAAUCUAGAUUUCUUUGCCAGCGAGGAGUUGAGUGCAAACCAAGGAAGGAGCUGAAGAUAAGCAGCCGCAUAUUUACAGAUGGGAGGCAAUGCAGAUUUCAGGGUUAGCGAGAAUACCUUUUUGGAACCCGCGGCGCCAAGGUUUCGGUUCUCUUAACGUAUUAAUAAUUUCAGGGACAUGGAGGUCAUUUCACAUUCUUGAAUGUAGAAGUGCUUUUCGGACUUCCAUAGGAGUGUACAUAGUCUGCUCUCGGUCUCCAUUCGAAGGCUUCUUAGUCUGUGCUGCUAAACUUGCAUGAUGUUACUGCAAACCUUGUGCCUUUUGUCUCUUUCUAAAGUUUUCUUGGACAACUUAUCACGUUUCUAGCCCCGACGCAGGUAUUGAGAGAGGUUUAGGAGCGGAUAGUUGGGGUUAAAUCGGGGAGCUGGGUUCAAAUCCCCGCUGCGGAAAGUGUCGGGCGGUUGGCUAAAUUUUUGCCAAGCCUCCCUUUCAGGGUUAUUGUGAGGAAACGGUACCCAUGUGUGCUAACCUGAGUUACAAAUGUUGUAAAAUAACAUGCUCAAGGCACAACCCCCCAAAAAACCAUCCAUAUGUAAAAUCAAUGAAGACGGAAGAGGUAAAUCCAGCUCCAUUAAGAUCAGUGGUCAGUGGAAGUCUUGCCUUUGACUUCACAAGCAUUUUACCUUGCAUUUAAAGACAACAAAUGCUACUUGUAAUAGGCUGAAACGCACUGCAAGGUGGGUUUUUAUAUAGCUAGGACCUCUGUUCAUCUAUGCCAACUUUCGUAGAUGGAUGACCAUUUGCCCUGUAUUAGGAAGGCAGGUAGUAUUUAGGUUUUUCUAUGUACUCCGCUGGCCUCAGUGCCAUGGUUAGCCCCAAAUAGAGUAGAUCCAUUGAGUCAGUUGGAAGUUAGUACUGUAAAUCGACACUUAUGGAUUUGGGUUGUCCAGGUUUACUUGGAAUCAAAGAUAAAUUCAACUCAUUUAUUCCUCUAUUCGUGUUUUUUUCGUUAAGAGUCUGUAGGGAUCUAAUGGAUUCUGCCAUCUCUCUCGUUCUGUUUUCGAUGGCAGCAGAUUUGGGGGCUGAAAUGCAAUAAAGGUCUUCUCAGGUGGGAUUUUGACUUUGCAGCCAGCCUAGCAAACUGGGGAACUUACUAACGUAGGUGAGCCCUAUAUCUCCAUUGGCACAAGCACUCUCUGUGCUGUUUUAGUUGUGCAUAUGUAUUGUGGCCGUCUUUGAAUUUUGCACAUCUAAACCUAAAUUUUAUGUUCGGAGAGGUCUUGGGUUUCCUUUCCUCCCCUUCCUCACCCUUUCCUGUGCCUUUGACACCGUUCUUCCACACAGACCCGCAUUUGCCAGUGAUGCAGAGACCGGGAAUGCUAUGGUUUUGGGACUACAACUCCCAGAAUCCCCUGGCAAGCAUGCUACGGUCUAAAAACAUAACAGCUCCAAGCUCUGAGGUUAUGGGGUCUCUCCCGACAUGGAGAUAAAUUGAGAUAUUUUUAUUUCCUUGGCUGCAUCCUUGGCUGCAGAAAUAAUCCAGUUUGACACCACUUUUAACUGCCAUGGCUCAAUGCUAUGGAAUUCUGGGGGUUGUAGUGAGACA